AUGGCUUGGAGUUAUUGGGCUUGGGUUGGGUGCAGUGUAGGCACUAGCGUUGGCAUUUUUGUUUUAACACUUGUUGUCUUGUUAAUCCUACUAUUUGCAAACGAUACUAUAUUCUACGCUAUUGUCGCUCAACUUCUUAAUAUAGAACGUUGCUACAUUGACGCCCAUCAUAACAUCAUUCACAAUAAUCAAAAUAUUCAUACUUCUACAGACGUUUUCCAAAAUCACAUAAUCGCAGCAGUUUUAGAAGCCAAACAAUUUCAACAAGGCUUUACUGGUACAAAUGAUACUGGCUCAGACUCAAAAUUACCGGGAAAUGAGCAAUCUAACAGCCAAAAACCUGAAGAACGUAUGAAGAAUUUUGUUGCAAAGAUUUUUGAAAAUGUGAGCAAUACAUCGGCAGAAACGAAGCCAAAAACUGAGCCAGAAGCAUCGUCAAAAGCGGAGCCAGAAAGAUCCCCAGAGUCUGAGUCGCAUCCUGAACAUAUGCGAGCAGUAUUGAAUGUUUAUGGGAAAUAUAUUGCUGUAAACAAAAAAGGAAGCUUAAUUUUCUUAAUGACCUUAACAACAAUUAUUAUUUCCGGUGCUCUCAUAGCUGCUUUCAACUCUCUUGUCUUAACUACGUCAAGUGUUUAUGUAGAUGGUCCGUGUCCAACUCUUGGACUAAUGGAAUGCUUUUGUGGUAGUAAUUAUACAUAUUUUACAUGUAACACAGGACAAACCGCCUCUUUUCCACUCGAUGUUCAUUCGGGUUCAUGUUUUCGUUGGGUUGCACGUGAUUUAACAACAUCCGAUAUUACGACGCAACUAGGUGUUACAACAGGAAUAUUGGUUGCUUUCGGUAGUAUGGCUCAAGCUAUAAUACGAAUAUACCUGCUUGCAUUUAACAAGCGUUUGAGUAUCGCUACUGGCUUACAUCACAUAGCCGCUAAGACAAUCGGUAUUAAUAGAGAUACUGCUCGGACCAGAUGUUGGUGCUGUAAUUUACCUUGGCAUUGCAGUGCUUGUAAUUUAAGUCUUUUCAAGAACCCUGCUGCUGUGAUAUUAGUAACUGCAAUUUAUAUUGCAAUACCGUUUCUAAUGAUUCCAGGCGUAAUCAUGCUAUACUACUAUCAAUUAAGCGUAACUUCGCUAACGUUCGUUGUUCUCAUCGUUAUAGCAAUAGUUUGUAUACUAUCCAUAGUAUGGAUAAUGGUGCAGGAGAAUGAAGCAAGUUCUAAUAUCCCGGGCGGAUGGAAAGAUGCGGGAAAACUUGUUGAAAUGGUUGCUAUGAAAGGUAAAAGUGUAACACAAGGGGGAAUAUCACCGUCCAAAAACUUCAAAGGUCCUUAG